AAUUCAGCCCUCUUACAUUAUAGUAGUCUUUAAUUACAUGAUUACAUACCUUUUUUUCCUACAAAAGCAUUACUUUAUUAAUUGCUGAAGAAUGAAUGAGGCUUAUGUGAGUCCUUUUUAUAUGAUCUCUGCCUCAUUUGUUGCAGAAAUGGGAAGAUAGAGAAGAAAGGAAGAUGCUUCAAGAAAACAGAGGAUGGUCUCAUGCUCAAGGCAGGUGAAUGCCAUAGUCUUCAACACUCAAGCAGUUCUACUGAGUUCAAGUUCAGAAGUGCUACACUCAUGAAGCCAAACUGGCUCACUAGCUGACUUCACUCUGCCACCCUCUCAACAGGUAGAAUGUUUUUGUGCCUGAUCCCUGCACUAGAGCUGGACUUGCAAUCAUGGAGGAACAUCAGCAGCAUUUACACUGUGUUAAUUGUGUCAGUCGGCGUUGCAUGACCAGACCAGAGACUGGAAUUUCCUGUGACUUGAUUGGCUGCCCACUGGUUUGUGGAGCAGUCUUUCAUACAUGCAAAUCUGAGGAACAUCGCAUUUUGUGCCCAUUUGAAAGAGUGCCUUGUUUGAAUAGUGGCUUUGGAUGUCCCUUCAUUGUAGCCAGAAACAAAGUCGCUGAACAUCUAGAAACUUGUCCUGCAAGUGUGGUAUGCUGCACUAUGGAAUGGAAUAGAUGGCCAGUCAGUUAUGCGGACCGGAAAUCUUAUGAAAAUCUAAGUAAAGAUGUUGAUGAAGUGGAACAGUUAGACAUGGCUUUAGCCCUUCAAGACCAGCGCAUGCUGUUAGAAUCCCUCAAAGUAGCAACUAUGAUGUCAAAAUCAGCUGAUCAGAUUUCUGAACCUAGAGAGCAGACUUCAGUUAAAUCACGUGCUUCUGACACAGUGCUUUCAAAUGGAUUGAUUUCUGCAGAUGAAGAUUCCUACAGUGCACUUUAUCAAGCUACUGUAGAAACUACUAAGAGUUUAGCUGUGGCAUUAGAUAUAUUGAACACUGCUACAAGAGACAUAAGCAUGUUAAGUUCAAGACUAUGUAUUUCACCAUAUGAGAUGAAUGAAGAUUUUCAGAUUCAAGAGCAAACUGCUAAUGGAUGUAUCCAGCAUAAAAUUGUAGACCAUGACUACCCAGAUGAAGAUAAUAUGGGAGCAGUUGGUGGAAUUGACUUUGAUGUCUUGAGCCAAAAUUCACAGUCGGAACAAAAUGGUUCAAGUGAUUUUUGUUAUGAUAUAGUGCAAAAACAUGACUUGAAUGCACACCUUGGUAAUGCUUCAGCUCUGUGUAAUGGUUUUCAUACAGAAAAUAUAGAUACAGAGGCAUUGGACCAGAAUGAAGAUCUAGAUGUUUGUGAUUCAAAACCAUCUAAUGUAGCAAAUGGUGAAUGUAUUGCAUCUCCUGAUGAUGGAGUAUUGAAGUCUUGCAGCUCCUUUCCUGUAGCAGCACAACAACUUAGAGAAGUAAUAACACCCCACAGUUUACUUAAUGGCACUGUUAAUCAUAUACAACUGCCACGUGACUCCAGGGGAGAGGAAGUGUUAGAGAGGCAAUUGGAACAAGAAAGAUUGAGAAAUGUAGAUGUGUUUUCUCUAAUUCAUCAUCGAUCAUACAGUUUCCUUGUUAACCACUGUUGGUCUACACCAAAGGAAGAUAAAGCUGUUGAUACAUCAGAUUUAGACAUAACAGAAGAUCCUAUGGGUCUUCAGGGAAUAGAUCUAAUCACAGCAGCUUUGCUGUUUUGUCUAGGAGACUCUCCGGGUGGUAGGGGGAUAUCUGAUAGUCGCAUUGUUGAUGGAUAUCACAUUGAUUUUGGGACGCAAACGUUUUCUCUCCCAUCUGCAAUAUUGGCCACAAAUACAAUGGUAGGGGAAAUAGCUUCAGCUUCAGCAUGUGAUCAUGCCAAUCCACAACUUUCAAAUCCAAGUCCUUUUCAGACACUUGGUUUGGACUUGGUGCUGGAAUGUGUGGCUAGAUACCAAACAAAACAGCGUUCAAUGUUUACAUUUGUUUGUGGACAAUUGUUUAGGCGAAAUGAAUUUUCUUCGCAUUUUAAGAAUGUGCAUGGUGAUAUUCAUGCUGGCCUCAAUGGAUGGAUGGAGCAGAGGUGUCCUUUGGCAUACUAUGGGUGUACAUAUUCUCAGCGUAGGUUUUGUCCUUCAACACAAGGGGCAAAGAUUAUUCACGACCGCCAUCUGAGGUCAUUUGGUGUUCAGCCUUGUAUAUCUACAGUGUUAGUAGAACCAGCUAAAAACUGCCUCAUUGGUCCAUGUAGUGACCAUCUGAGUAAUCUUCCUUUUGAGGUUCUACAGCAUAUUGCUGGUUUUCUGGAUGGUUUUAGUUUGUGUCAGCUUUCCAGAGUGUCACGAUUAAUGAGAGAUGUAUGUGGAAGCUUGCUUCAAGCGCGUGGAAUGGUCAUACUGCUUUGGGAAAAGAGAAAGUAUCCAGAUGGAAGUUCUUCAUGGCAAAUAAAAGAAAAGGUGUGGAGAUUCAGUACAGCUUUUUGUACUGUGAAUGAGUGGAAGUUUGCUGAUAUCGUAAGCAUGGCUGACCACUUGAAGAAAUGCAAGUAUAAUGCUGUAGAGAGAAGGGAGGAGGCUGUCCCGCUGCCAUGUAUGUGUGUAACACGAGAACUAACUAAAGAAGGACGUUCACUCCGCUCUGUCUUGAAACCUGUACUUUAAAAUGCUAUGACCCUCCACUUGCACAUACACUCAAGCACCUGAUAUAACCUCUGUAAUAUUACAUGACACUUUAUUAAUGUACUAAAGAAAAUUUCUAGUUAAAUCUACUCUGUAACUAUGUAUAUAAUGUUUUGAAGUGACAUUUAUUUUUUAUAAUACUGUUUAGUUGAAAGUAUUGAAAGUUGCCUUAAUGUUUGAAAAAUUUGGAACUUGCUGGACAGGGUAGUUUUAUCUAACUUAUGUGAUUUUUUUUUUUUUAAGUUCUCUGUGUGUGUGUUUCUGAUUCACUGGUGCCCAUAUUUUUGCUGAAUUAGUACAAUUUCAGAAAUGGAUUUCUAAAAGUAUGCACAUUCAGAUAGGAUACUUUGAGUUGUAAUGAGACAAGUUCAUGAUCAAACACAUUUUGUGUGCUAGGUCUUGUUACAAAUUACUUAAACAUUAAAAAAUGAACACUAUUCAGAAUUCUGUAGUAGAUAUCUCAGACAAACUUUUGACUUUUUAAGCACAUGUGUGCAAAUUUUAGUUUAAUCAGUGUUGUAGUGCUCAUCCUAGUUAGUAUAUGGUGACAUAGGACAUGCAUUUUAAAAAAUAUGUAGCAGUGAAAUAAGUGAACUCUGGUUUAUGGCAGAUUAAUUUGAGCACAAUUUUUUUGAAGUGUCAGCAAAGGUUACUUUUCUUGUGAACUAAUGGUUAUUUCACUUUUGGGAGCAAAACUCUUGAGGUUAAAACCAUGAAAAAUUGGGCCUUAAAGUGACAGUUGUUAAAAAUCACUUUUUAAAGUCCAUUCUCCAGUCCUAGAGAUAAGGAACAACAUCUUCCUGUUUAUUGGUUAUAAGUUAGAAUUUGGGAUGCACAAUUAUAGAUUUAAAAUGCAGCUAAUGAAAGGGCUUAACUUGUGUUGUGGUAUUGUAACGUAUUGUCUUUUGUUUUUGUUAAUUUGUCAAUAAAAAUGCUAUACUGGUUGAGGGCAUUUUAAUUGCCUAAGUAUAUUAAAAUGUAUCAUCUUCAUAAGAUGAGACAGUUUCCAUUAGUUGCAUAAAACAUAUCCAAAAUGCUUUGUUCAGCCAUAUGUGUGAUUAAAUGAACUCCAAAUUGUUUCUACAGUCUCUUGCCAUGUGGAAACUUGCAUAGCAUCUUGUGAAUAGGAAGUAUGUGCUGGUUAAUAACAAAAGUACAAUAGAUCAAUUCAAAUUUACUUUCAGACUUUUGUGUUGGUGACAAUAGACUGUUGCACUCUGUGACUGUGCCACACACUAAGACAGAAACAGACUGGAGUUUGGAACAAUGAAAUACAGUAUGCAUUUCAAUUUUAGAUAAAACAAGACAUUCUUAAGGAGAGGCUACAAUAGUAAUGGCUACAUUUAAAGUUUGUAACUUCUGUAAGCGAUACUUAAGUUAUUGCUAGCCUGGCUACAGUUCACAAUUGCAGCAUCUGUGUAUUGCCCAUUCUGGGUCCAAUUCAGCUAAAUAGGCAUUGUG